UAAUUGGCCAUAUCCAAAAUAUCAUAAACAAGCUCCAUCAUUCUUGGCUCAAAUUUGACUGCUGUAACCCAUGCUUAUCACACCCAAUCCAUCCAUCAACAUUCCCACCUUUUUUCAUGGCUAUUACAACCACCAUAACCAUACCAUCACUGAAUUUCCAACACCCAUCAUCAUCAUCUUCAUACUAUUCUUCUUGUAAGUUUAGUGCAAGUUUAGCAGUCUCCAAUGAAGCUCUUAGCAUGGCAGCAGCAACUGAAGCAGUAGCAUUGGCAAGUGCAGCAGUAGAGGCUGCAAAAGAGGCUGUGACAUUGGUUUCUCUGAGUGGAGAGAGUGGGAAUAGUUUAGUAGCUAGGAGGAAGAAGAGAAGAAAAAGAAGAAAAGGGUUUAUUGAGUGUUUGAAGGUGGAGGAGGAGAGGGAUGAUCAAUGUGAGGGAGCCUUGUUUCAGCCUGUAAAUAAUGGGUAUUUAAGCUCAAUAGAGGAGGCAGAGUUUUGUCUAUGUCUCAAGGAUCAUGCAAGAGUAGAAGCAGCAAGAAGAAGAAUUGCUGAAACUCAAGAACAUGAGCCGACUUCGAAGCAGCUAGCCGAGGCCUUAAGGAUGAGGAAGAAAAAUGUAGAUAAGAUACUGUGCAAAGGAAGACAAUCCCGGGAGAGAAUUACUGGCAAUUAUCGAAGGCUUGUUCUCUCCAUUGCCAAUCGUUACCGAGGCAAAGGAUUAAGCCUUCAAGACCUCAUUCAGGAAGGGAGUAUCGGGCUUCUUCGAGGUGCAGAACGAUUUGAUCCAAAGAGAGGAAACAAGUUAUCCACAUAUGUUUACUGGUGGAUCAAAGAGGCCAUCAUUACAUCCAUAUCAAUCAACUCUAGAAUAGUUAGACAACCGAGAAGCCUGUGGGAUAGGACGACAAAAAUUGCAGAGGCUAAAAUUAGCUUGACAGAAAGAUUAGGGAGGCUGCCUUCGUAUCGUGAGAUUGCUAAAGAGCUGAACGUUCAUGUCUCAACAGUAAGGCUUGUUUUUUCGAGGAGCAGAUCCACAGUUUCGUUGGAUCAAGCAGUAAGUGACCAAGGUGGUAUGACACUGCAGGAGAUAAUACCCGGUCCAGAAGAAAUGAUGCCAGAGAAUAUGGUAAAGAAACAGUUAUUGAAGAAAGAGUUGGAGGAGCUCAUUCAGACACUUGGAAAAAGAGAAGCACAUACAUUGAGAUUAAUCUUUGGACUAAAUGGACAGACACCUCAGUCAUGCGAUGAGAUAGGAAGAUCACUGAAGCUGUGUAGGGAGAGGGUAAGACAGAUCAAUAGCAUUGCAUUGUCAAAACUGAGACAAAAAGAGAUUACAGAAAGUUUGAAAGUGUACAUUGUAUAGAAUACCCUUGUGUAAUUCCUAUUGAAGCAUAUACCCAGGGGGUGAUUGCGGGGCGAAUGCUUUUCAAAGCGGACUCCCAUUCAUUAGAUAGAGAAGAUCACCAAUAUUUCAUGAUCCAGGAUACUCUGCUGUUGCUGCAUGGUAAUCUAAAAUUAAUUAAGAAGGAGAAGAAAAUUUUGGGCAUGAGAUUUAUGCAA